AAUUAACUUCCGGUUGCGACCAUUUGUUCCUUGACAACAAUGUAAAUUCAGUAAAGUCUGUCCAAAAAAAGUACAAAGUUUACCUAUUUCAAUGGUGUCAGUUCUUUGAUAAUUGCAAAACACAAAAAUGUACGACAGAGCACCAAGAGAUUUGAUAAAAACUAUAGGAUCUACUCCUGGUAAUGUUGGACCAGGAACAUAUGAUUCAAGUGUCCCCGCAAAAGCUAGACUCAAAGCAGAUGGAUAUGCUCCUUUCUUGUCUAUGACCAGUAGAGAAACAUUUUUGAAUAUUAAUGACCAGACUGUAGCAGCACCAGGACCUGGACAUUAUGAUCCAGGAAUUGCCCAAGAUGUGAUUGUUGGUGGUAAAACAUUAGCAAAUAGAUCCAAACGCUUUAGUGAAAUCAGUACAGAGAACCCAGGACCUGGAACUUACAGUACUGAAAAAUAUACAGAGUUCAGGACAGCAAAGUCUGCUCCAAAUAUACUUACAAACAAAGAUAAAGCUGGAGCACUUUUGACAAGUAGAAUAAAGUUCCACAGAAAACCAGAGGCCCCAUCUAUACCCAUGCCUGGUCAGGCCUAUGGCUAUGAGGAAUGUGAGGAUGGUACACUUAAAAAACAAGACCCACCAGACAGAGAUGUGUCUAUUGGACCAGCUUUCUAUAAACCAGCAGUUACUGAAACAAAGACAACCAAGACUUACAAAGGUAUUCAUUUUGGUAACUUGGCAUCAAAACGUCUUGAUUUAAGUAAAGGCAAAAUGGGCCCAGGACCUGGUGAAUAUGAACCUUACAGAGAUGCCAGUAUGAAAGCUGAGAAUUUAAAUUCCCAAGCGGAAGAACAAGCUAGAUUUGAAGCCAGAAUUCCACGUUAUCAUGAGGCUAUUCAGAAAGAUGUUGAAAAGAAGGGAGUUCCCGGACCAGGGAAGUAUGAUGUUAAGGGUGUAUUUGAUCCUGAACCUCCUAAAGUUAACACAGAGGGAAUCGAAGUAGAACAUCCACCAUUUAUGUCACAAUCCAAGAGAUUUACACCCUUGAAGAAAGUUACUCCAUCACCAGGAGCAUACAAUGAUCCACGUAAUGCGUUUGAAUCAAUGAAAAGAGUAACAGGAUUGAAAAGAAGUCCAUUUGGACAGACAUCUGUAAGAUUUGAACCAAAAGGUCACAGAAAAAAUCCAGGUCCCGGAGCAUAUAAUAUUGUUGGUAUGGGUUCAGAGAGCAUGAGAAAGGCCUACAUUGAGAGUACUCGGAAGGGUGUAUUUGGAACCACAUCUGUCAGGAUAAAACCCAUUACCAAAAAAGAAGAGGUUGAAGUACCAGGUCCAGCUCAUUACCAAAUAAAAGAGAAACCGUUUAGGACAAAGUAUCCAAACCUGACGUCUACAUUUGCAUCAGUAACGUCAAGAGUUGUUGAGCCUCCACCAACAGUUAAGGAACUGCCACCACCUGGUUCCUAUGAAGUAAGCCAAUCCUACCAAAAAUCACAGGUUAGAAUAGAAAGAGCCAAACCACGAACUGAUGAUGCUGGUAGAAAACAAGGAUCAUUCUUAACUGCUGCUUCAAGAUUUGCACCUGCAAGAGAUACAGUGGUACUACAGCCUGAUCUAGAAAAUCCAGGGCCAGGUGCAUACAGUAUGAAAGAUACCAUCACUAAAAAGGGAGGACUUAUGGUGACUAAAGACAAGAGAUUUAAAGAAAUGAAGGAAGAUGGACCUGGACCAGCAGCAUAUGAGUUUUCACCAAUCAUCCAGGACACUGUAUUGAAAGGAACAUUCAAUGCCACCUUAUCCAAUCCUAUUGCACCUCAAAUGGAUAUGUCAAGUCAUGUGGGAAGUUCUGUGAAACACCAAUUUCUUUUGGGUGUGUGAGUAACAUCAGAAGACAAUGAUUUAAAUUUGAAACCGUCCACAUUUAUACUUAGAUGAUCAGAUGAUCUUGUCAAGACAGUUUUGCUUCAAGUAUUUUAUUGUAUGAAAAGAAGUACAAAUCAUUGUGUAAUUUUAUGAAUUUUUAUUUCUAUAAUAAUGUACACUUACUGUGAUAUAUUUUUUAUGUGAUAUGAUGACAAAACACCAGAUACCUUUUAUGGAACUUUAUUGUAUAGUUUAUUGUCGUGCUGAUUAUUUCAGUAAAUGUUAUAUUUUUAA